CUUUUUGCUGUGCUGACAAAGUUUGGCGUCAGUUUGUUGUGUCCUGACUUUUUCCUCUGCCGUCUUUCCGCAGCGUAUUUCACGGAGCUGCACGGCCAGUCGGAGCGCUCGCUGCAGGAGGUGCUGUCUCCGCUGGGCCCCCUGUACUCCCAGAACGCCCGUCUGUUUGCAGAGCUCUACGGCGACCUGCGUCAGUACUACCGGGGCUCCGCCCUCAACCUGGACGAGAACCUGUCCGAGUUCUGGUCCCAGCUGCUGGAGCGAACGUUUAAAGCCUCUGUCCCCGCGGAGGUCAACCUGUCGGAGGAUUACCUGGAAUGUGUUGCUAAGCAGCAGGAGACGCUGCGGCCGUUCGGAGAGAUCCCUCGGGACAUGAAAACGAAAGUGAUCCGGGCUUUCGUCACGGCCAGGUCGUUCGUCCAGGGCCUGCUGGUCAGCUCAGAGGUGAUCAAGAAGGUCUCACAGGUGUCUCUCGCUGAGGAGUGCACCAAGGCCCUGAUGAAGCUGGUGUACUGCCCUCACUGCCGCGGCCUGGCCUCGGUCCAGCCCUGCUCCAACUACUGCUCAAACGUCAUGAAGGGCUGCCUGGCCAACCAGGCUGACCUGGAUCCGGUGUGGCAGGAGCUCAUCGACACGAUGAUCCAAGUCGCGUCCAGCUUCAGCACAGAGCCCAGCCUGGACGUGGUUCUGUCCUCCAUCCCCAUACGGAUCUACGAAGCUGUGCACUAUCUGCAGGAAAACAUGGACACGUUUACAGCAAAGGUGUACCAAACAUGCGGCUCCCCAGGUGAACCAGGAACCGGAAGUCCAAACGCCCACGAGCAGAAGAAGAAGAGCGGCUCGCUGACUGCGUUCGAAUACAAACCGUCCCCAACGGCUGGACUCAGACUGGAAAUACAGGUGUCAGAUCUGUCCAGUAAACUGAGGGACAUGCGUCAGUACUGGGUCCAGCUGCCGGUUGCGCUGUGCAGCAAACUGGCGGCUGAAAGCAACAGUCAGGACAACUGCUGGAACGGGAUGACCAAAGCCAGGUACCUUCCAGGGGUGAUGGGAGACGGUUUGGCAAAUCAGAUCAACAACCCAGAAGUGGAUCUCGACAUCACAAAACCCAUCAUGAAAAUCCGGCAGCAGAUCAUGGAACUGAAAAUAAUGAGCAACAGACUAAAAGAUGCUCUGGAAGGCAACGAUGUCGACUUUCAGGAUGCAAGUGAGGAUAUCAGCGGCUCAGGAAGCGGGAUGUGUCUGAGCGGUCAGUGCGCUCGGAGCAGGCCGGGACUUUAUGCCUACGCGCCGGAGACCAAGCCGGUCGGAGGGGCGGCCACGCCUGGCAUCGGCGUCCCGCUGCUGCUGCUGCCAUUCACCGUCCUGCUGCUCCAGCGAUGAUGGACCCCCUUCACCGCUUUGUACGAAGGGGCCUGAGGGCUGAACCAUGGGAAAUGGGGAUGAAUGGGAGGAAAAGUGGAACGAAACUUUGCCAAAAAGACAUUUUGUUGAAUGGAUGAACAUUUUCCUUGACUUAAAGGAAUGAAAAUUGACCUUAGUCUUUACUUUGCUGCGCUUUGAUGUGUUUUAGUUUGAAUGUGAAUUAGUGUGAGGUCAGUGGAUCUUUUGAUGAGGAACAACAAUGAAGAAGAUGUCUGUAGCUCCAGUUUCCAGCCAGCAGGUGACCUUAUCUGUGGUGCAUUCACCAAGGAUUUAUUUUUAAAUGUUAUUCUUCAAGUUUGUCUGACUUAAGCAAACCAUGUACGCUGUAAAUGUUUGUGUACAUUACCUUAAAAACUGGCGCCAUACUGAGCCAUGAAUGUACAACAUAAUACUCCACUGGCAAUGAAAUCCACGUUAUCUGUGAUGUUGACAUUCAGUGGAAAACAAUGCAGAGAAGUCAUAGCACUCUUGAAAUGUCCGAGUUUUUGUGAUUGCAUCGGUUCACCUUACCUUUACUUCAAAGCCGGAAAUGAAAUGUCCAGUUUUUAAACGGCUUGUUGCCAUCAAAGCCCCCAACAAGCAAGAGCACACACACAUUUUCUAGAAAUUGCUUACCGAGGGCGAGGAAUUUCGAAGUUUCCAAUUUCCACAAAAGAAAAACGUAAUGAUUGAACAAACAAAAAGAGAAAAGCUGCUGCAGGAGAAGAUUUCAGAGGUAACUCAUCUCAAAGUGGCUGAUUACAUCAAAUCAAAGCUUAAUACAUCACUGCACAGGUACACUGAGGUUUUGUAAUGAUUUGUUGUUAUGAAACCAAUGUGGCACAACAAAAGAAAAGGUUUUCCGGUUCUUCAAGCUGCCUGGGUUUGUGUAUAUACUGAAUUUUUGCAAUAUUCUUUCUACAUUUGACUGGUGAUAUUAUUUACCUUGGCAUGCCUUCUGUUAAAGUCUACACUAGGUUCCUGUUGCAGACAUGUUAAUUUACACAGAUACAUGGCAGCAGUGUUGAAUACACACACUGAUGGAGUGUGUGUGUCUGUAUUAGGCGGGUUUUUAAUCAUCAGUGUAUUUAACCACCUUUCAUCCAUUAAACUGGUUGAUUGUAGCAGAUGGGAGUGUCACUCGAUUAUUCUUUGGGUUGUUUUGGAAGUCCUACUCUUCGUCCAUUAUAAAUAUAUAUAUUUGUGUGUG